UAUGACAUGCUGACUCACCUAUGGUCCUUCCAAUGUGUAUUCUUCAUAAACGGCCCACCUCAUAUAUUUUCAAAUUUUCCACCUUAAUUUAAUGUUCUUCUCCCUCAUUCACCCACUAGAUAAACAACCAUACACAAAAAUUAGAUAUUCAUUCAUUUAUAUCAAUUUGUAGUUUAUCACACUCUACUGUUGCCACCAAAAUUUCUAAGCAAAAUGAGUGAAGAGAACAAGGAAGAAGAAAAGAAAGAAGAAACCAAAGAGGAAAAGAAGGAAGAAGAGAAAAAGGAGGAAAAUAAAGAUGAAGAACCUCCAGAGAUUGUACUCAAGGUUGAUAUGCAUUGUGAAGCUUGUGCAAGGAAAGUUGCAAAAGCAUUGAAAGGAUUUGAGGGAGUGGAGGAGGUGACUGCAGAUAGCAAGGGCAGCAAAGUGGUAGUGAAAGGAAAGGCAGCAGACCCCAUAAAGGUGCUUGAAAGACUACAAAAGAAAAGUGGCAAGAAAGUGGAGCUUAUUUCACCUUUGCCUAAACCUCCAGAGGAUAAAAAAGAAGAAGAAAUCAAACCACCACAGCCAGAGGAGAAAAAGGAUGAGGCUCCUGCAGUGGUAACAAUAAUUCUGAAAAUUCGAAUGCAUUGUGAAGCAUGUGCUCAAGUUAUACAGAAGAGAAUCCGUAAGAUAAAAGGAGUAGAAUCAGUGGAAACAGAUUUGGUAAAUGACCAAGCUAUAGUAAAAGGUGUGAUUGAGCCAGAAAAGCUUGUUGAUGAAGUCAACAGAAGGACAAAAAAGCAAGCUUCUAUUGUGAAGGAGGAAGAAAAGAAAGGAGAAGAGAAGAAAGAAGAGGAGAAAAAGGAAGAGAAAAAAGAAGGAGGAGAAGAGAAAAAAGAAGGUGAAGAAAACAAUGUAGAAGAAGAUGAUAAUAAAACUGACAUCAAGCGUAGUGAAUAUUGGCCAUCAAAAUACUAUGUUGACUAUGCUUAUGCACCUGAAAUAUUCAGUGAUGAGAACCCAAAUGCUUGCUCUGUUAUGUAGACAAGUUAUUUGUACUACCUAUGUUUUUUUAGUAGUUUAUUAGAUUAAGUAAAUUUUCUUUAUGCUAUGUUUUGAGCUGGUAACACAGCAUAUAUAGUGGUGAAUAUUCUUAGUUCUUGUGUUCAUGAGCUUUCCAUGUAUUUCACUGCCAAAGGAUGGAAGAAUAUCACUUAUGUUGGUGUGUAUGUGUUAAAAAUGUAGUAUUAUUGAAUUGAAUUUUGGUUACAAUUUAUGUACCUAUAAUAAUAAUGUUGACAUUAAUAAAUAUCAAGUCUUCAAUAUUGACGUUUAAUAAA